AUGUCGACCAGCCUGGCGUCAGAGGUUGCAACGCUGACGGCCUUCAUCAAACCCCUCACAAAUCCACAGCUGAAAGAUUUGCUGAGGUAUGAGGGCCUUCCGGUAUCCGGGUUGAAGGCAACCUUACAGUUCCGCAUUAUUCAACGAAUCCAAUCCCUCGCAGAAUCCGACCCUGUCAGUUUCGAUGCUCUUGCCAGGCGCAUCCGUGCCACUACUUUCCCAAACACUGUGCCAUAUCAAUCACCCUCUCGACCACAAUACCAGCCGUCGCCUGCCUCUCAAUCUCCUGCACAGACUCGUCCUCCCCCGCUUGGGGUUUCCAUGUCACCUCACUCAUACUCUGGUCCGAGUGCUCCUCUCAUGAAACCUCCUGCGGCGGCUCAUAUAUCCCCAGGUCCUUUGAUUUUCAAAGAAAGUCCGUUUUACACAAUUCUGGAGCCUUUGACUGCAGUCGUGGAAUGUAAAAUUCGCGAACAAACACGGGAUAGUGUUGAAAUGAAGGUCAUGCUAUCUCAGCAAAAUGCUAUUAGCUUACAAACUGACUCAAACCUUCGUGUGAUGGUUUAUUGCGCUGCUGAUUCAGGCCUCACACAAUACACCAAGUCAGACAUCGCAUUUCCACAUCAGGUGGAGCUCAAAGUAAAUCUCGAUGAAGUCAAAGCCAAUCUCAGAGGCUUAAAGAACAGGCCAGGAACUACACAACCUGCCGAUGUAACCAACUGGAUACGCAAAAAGCCCAAUUACCCGAAUAAUAUUGUCAUGACUUACGCAUUGACACAAAAGAAAUUCUUUGCGCUAGCCAAUCUCGUGAAGCAGCAUCCGACUGAGGAUCUUGUUUCACAGCUAAAGACACGGAAACUCAUCUCGAAGGAGCAAGUCUUACGCGAAAUGCAAAAUCGCGCAAAUGACUCAGACAUUGUUGCAACAUCAAGUGUAAUGUCACUUAAAUGCCCUCUGUCAACCCUGCGCAUCCAGGUGCCUUGUCGCUCUAUCAUUUGCACACACAAUCAAUGCUUCGAUGCAUCUUCAUUCCUCGAAUUGCAAAAACAAGCUCCAACUUGGACUUGCCCCGUGUGUUCCAAAUCGACCAGCUUUGAGUCUCUGCAAGUUGACCAGUACGUUGAUGACAUCCUCCAGUCAACGUCACCGGACAUCGAUCAAGUCACCGUUGAGCCCGACGGUGUAUGGUCAAGGCCCACUGAUUCCGACGCGGCAAAAUUGGGAGGGAUGACUCCCACAUCAGAUGAUGAUGAUGACGACGACUUGAUCGAGAUCAGCGAACCGGGGGUACCCGUUGUAAAACAGGAACCGGGACCCAUGAACACCGCCCUGGAGCGAACACCUGCGCAGUCACAGUCGCAGUCACGAGAGGCAUCAACCCCGUCCUCUGCGAUGCGCAUGUCCAGCAAAAAGCGACCUAUUGCCCAGGUCAUCGACCUUACUGAAAGCGGCGAUGAGGAUGAGUCUCCAGCUCCACCUCCUAAAAGGCCAGCUACAAGUCUGCCAUCCCGAGCUUUUUCUCAUCAAGACUACCAUAUCCCGCCUGCCAGCAGCCCUUUGAACGGCGGAUCAUACCCACCGUAA